CUUGUGCGCCGCACAGGGGACGCGCUGCGAGCUUUCCACACCGCCAUGCGCAGCUCCCCGGCCAACGCCAGGAGCCAGGCCAUGAAGGAGCAGGCCCAGGGAACUGUGCUUAAAGUCCUCACGUCUUUUAAAAGCAGUGAAAUAGAACAAGCAGUGAAUUCGUUAGACAGAAAUGGCGUUGACUUGUUAAUGAAGUACAUUUAUAAAGGAUUUGAAAAGCCAACAGAAAAUAGCAGUGCAAUAUUACUUCAGUGGCAUGAAAAGGCAUUAGCAGUAGGUGGACUAGGUUCCAUAGUAAGAGUUCUUACAGCAAGAAAGACUGUUUAAAAGACUAUUAACUUGAACCAAGACGACGAUCAGUUUUGGACUCAGAAGAAGGAAUUAGCUGACAUGACACUGGUCCAUCUUCAUUAGAGAUUGCAAUCUACUGAAAUACUAUGGAAACCUCCUCUUGGAAUGCUUUUAACCUUAAAGGUGGGGGAAGAGUAAAGGUAUUCCUGCAUAUUCCGACUAUCAAAUCCAGGAGCCAAGACAUUCUCCUGAUCCCUUCUUUAAAAGGCAGAGAGAAGGCACACUCCUGCCUCCUGUUACUGUAAGAGAACAGGUGUCUUCAGAUGCUGCUUUAUCGAAGUGUGUGAAAAAAGAUCCUGUGUGUACUGCUUAUUUAAUAGGUAGCAACGUCCUUGGCAGAUGAAAGAUCCCGACAGCGUACGGGCAGGAGAAGUGGCUAUUAGAACGACGGUUUUGUACAUACA